CAGUGAGUUACGCUUGCCGUAUAAUUUUUCAUAUACUCUAUGACAAAAAGAUUACGUUAUAUCGGCAUUGGAUAUAGUCAUUGGUUGAUUGGUGAGACUCCAGAAGAAUUAUUACACUAAACGUGAACCCAUAUCAAACAUAUUAGGAAGGAACAUGGCUGCAGGGGACAGGAUAUUGAGCCUUGACGGUGGAGGUAUUCGAGGACUCAUUAUGCUCGAGAUCUUGGAUGCGAUCGAGCAGGAAGCAGGCACGCCUAUCAAAGACUUGUUUGACUGGAUUGGUGGUACAAGCACUGGAGGAAUUAUUGCGCUAGGUAUUGCGACGGGCAAAACAAUAUCUGAAAUUCAAAAAUUGUACUACGAACUGAAGGACAAAGUAUUCGAUCGCAUACUAGGUCUACCUAUAAGACCGUACGACACUGCACAGAUAGAAGAAUUGUGCAAACAAUAUUUUGGGAUAGACAGAGUAAUGACGGAUAUACAGCAUCCAAAGAUUCUGGUUACUGGAGUUUUAGCUGACCACAGUCCGUGGGAACUUCACAUGUUUCGUUCUUACAUGGACGGAUACGAGCCAGCAGCUGAAGGGUUUGAGCCUAUUCAACCACCCAAUAAGCAGCUCAUCUGGGAGGUAGCCCGUAGCACGUCUGCAGCCCCAACAUACUUUCGUCCGUACAAUCAGUACUUUGAUGGUGGCUUGUUGUCUAACAACCCUACCCUUGACGUUCUCACAGAAAUUCACAAAUUCAACACCACUGGACCAACGCCACAGCAAAAGACUGCAUCGGGCCGAUGUCUGAACGUGGUUGUUUCUCUUGGUUGCGGUCAUUCGCAAAGUAAACGUGUAGAGGUCCCAGAUUUUUACAUUCGCAAAAUAAAAGAAAGGUGCUGCUUUCAAAGAAAAAAGGUGCUUAAGGAUUUUUUGCAAUUCAUCAAUGAUGUCAUAGGACGGGCUUCUGAGGCGAAUGGGCCUCCUACGGAUCGUGCCAGAGCUUGGUGCGGGAUGAUGGAUGUACCGUUCUUCCGCUUGACCCCGCCCCUGUCAGAUGAUGUACCAAUGGACUGUACAAAUAAACAAAAGAUCAAAACGAUGGUUGAGGAAACGAAAGCCUAUAUCGAGGAGAAUAAAGCUACCAUAAAAAAGGUCGCGGAGCUUCUGACGAAAAAGUAG